CACGGUAUCGGUGUGUGUGUGCUUGAGACGGAGGUCGAGUCGCGCCGGCGUAUCGAUCAAUCGCUACCGGUACCUGACUGAAUCGAACGGAAGCUGACCAUCGGGGCGGAGUCGAACAUUGAAGAUGGCAGUGACCGCUGUCGCCCUUCUAGUUCUCUGCGUGGCUGCCUUCACUCAGGUGACAGCAGCGGCAUCUUCCCAGCUGAACGUGCCGCACAGUCUCGGCGAUGGCCCAGUCAGUGUGCGGUUGCGCAAUGCAGCCAUGCCAGGUGUGAUGAUGCCGGUUGCUGGUCUGGGUACAGGCAACUACGGCCCACCAGGUGAGCUAUGGGACGUGGCAACGUGCGAGGAAGCCGUGCUGAACUUUCUGAAGAGUGGCGGACGACGCAUUGACGGCGCUCUCACCUAUAACGGGCAGCUUGGCGUCGCUUCAGCCAUCAAAGCCAGCGGCAUUCCGCGCUCCGAGAUCUUCAUCACAUCCAAAACACCACUGGCCGGCUUCAACGAGACAAUGAGGAACUUUGAGCAGGUUCUGAGCGACCUCAAUACCACCUAUGUCGACCUGCUGCUCAUUCACGAGCCAUGCUCUAAGACGCGCUCCACCGACCCCAACUGUCCUCCAAACCCGACAAGUCACAAAUCAUGUAGACUCUCUCAGUGGAGAGCCAUGCAGGAGAUAUUCAAGUCCGGGCGUGCCAAGUCGAUCGGAGUGUCCAACUACGUUGCGCGGCAUGUUCAGGAGAUCAUAGAUACUCCAGGAAUGCUGCUGCCCACGGUGGUCCAGAACGAGUUUCAGCCGUAUUGCCACGACAACGAGCUGGUGACAUUCUGCUGGCAGCACAAUAUCACGUUCAACAGCUACGCACCGCUCACCACGCCCGACUAUGGACCCGUGGUGCACAACUGGCCGCUGAAACGCGGCGUGCUGGACGAGCCCACUAUGCUAGCUAUCGGUAAGAAGUACGGCAAGACGUCGGCACAGGUCACGCUACGCUGGCACUGGGAGCAGAGCAUCGUCGUCAACCCGCGUUCAAUGAACGCGUCGCACAUCGCCGAGAACCUCGGCAUGUUCGACUUCAAGCUGAACGCCGCCGACAUGGAGGCCAUAGCCGCUAUAGUGCCGCCGAGCGUUAACGGUGGACGCGUGUGCGGAAACCCGUACAAGUGUACAUAACCGUCCCUGCACAUUACCUAGACUGUAUUGCCAAGUCAGCCAUCGGGUGUGCGGAAACCCGUACAAGUGUACCAAACUUUCUUACUUAUUACCCAGACUGCAUUGCCCAGUCAGCCAUCAUGCAAUAGGCAUUUUAACUUCAAUUUCACACCAAACCAGGGAGUAGUAAAAUACCAUAUGUUUACAUUUCUUUUCUUUUCACCAGCCCUACAUUCGUCAAUUCACGCUAUUUUUAAUUAAAGGACAGCAUGUCCCUCAUACCAGGCACCGAUGUUAGCCACUGA